CCGCCGCCUCCCGCCACCAGCGCCGACAUGGAGGCCGUGAACGCCUUCAACCAAGAGCUCUUCUCACUGAUGGAGAUGAAACCUCCUAUUUCCCGAGCAAAGAUGAUUCUCAUCACAAAAGCUGCCAUUAAAGCUAUUAAGCUCUACAAGCAUGUUGUCCAGAUUGUGGAGAAGUUUAUCAAAAAGUGCAAGCCGGAGUACAAAGUCCCGGGCUUGUACGUCAUCGACUCCAUCGUUCGGCAGUCCCGGCACCAGUUUGGAACAGACAAGGACGUGUUUGGGCCCAGGUUCUCGAAGAAUAUUACUGCCACAUUCCAGUAUUUGUAUCUGUGUCCAUCUGAAGACAAGAGUAAAAUAGUUCGUGUCCUGAACCUCUGGCAGAAAAAUGGAGUAUUUAAAAUUGAAAUCAUUCAGCCUCUCUUGGAUAUGGCAGCAGGAACCAGUGCCACUGCACCCAUGGCAGAGAAUGCUACUAACAAUGAAGGUUCGCCGCCCCCUCCGGCCAAGGUUCCCUCAGAGCCCCCGCCAGUGACGGCGAACUCCGUGCCCAGCGUGCCACAGCUGCCCAGCUCUGAUGCCUUUGCAGCUGUAGCCCAGCUGUUCCAGACAACACAGGGACAACAGCUCCAGCAAAUCUUGCAGACCUUCCAGCAGCCUCAGAAGCCCCAGUCACCGGUCAUAGACAACACUGUGAUGGCUCAGGUUCAAGCUAUUACUGCUCAGCUGAAAACCACAGCAGCACAGCCUCCAGAGCAGAAAGCUGCUUUCACAGCACCUGAGCAGAAAACAUCAUUUGACAAAAAGCUGCUAGAUCGGUUUGACUAUGAUGAUGAACCAGAAGCAGUGGAAGAUUCAAAGAAAGAAGAUUCAGCUCCUUCCCCUUCAGUAUCUCAGCCGGCUUUACAAGUCUGUUCAUCUGCUGACUUGUCUCACCAAAAUAUUCCUGUUUUCAGUGGGUUUCCAGGAGAAGGCAUGCAACAGCCAGUGUUUCCUCAGCUCCCAAAUAUGGAUCCUUUUCAGCAGCGGAUGAUGGGAAUGCAGCAGGAUCCAAUGCGGCACCAGGUGCCGCUUCCUCCGAAUGGGCAGAUGCCAGGCUUUGGUCUCCUGCCUACCCCGCAGUUCCCACCCAUAGCUCAGCCAGUGAUGCCUCCAGCAGCACCAGUGCAGCCAACCUUCCAGUCUCCCUUCCCAGUCCAGGCUGAACCACACCUGCAGAAACCCCACCAGCAGGAUAUGGAAGUGGAACAGCCACCCAUUCAGGAGGGAAAACGGCAUGUUUCUGACAAUAGGAAAUCAAGAUCUAGAUCUGCAUCAAGGUCCCCCAAGAGGAGACGCUCGCGGUCGGGUUCGCGCUCCCGGCGCUCGCGGCACCGCCGCUCCCGCUCGCGCUCCCGGGACCGGCGCCGGCACUCGCCCAAGUCCCGCUCCCAGGAGCGGCGUGAGCGUGAGCGGGACAGGGAGCGCCGCUCCAAGGGCCUGCCCCAGAUCAAGGCAGAGACCGUCAGUGUUUGCAGUACCACACUCUGGGUAGGACAGCUCGACAAAAGGACAACUCAGCAGGAUGUGGGAAGUCUCUUGGAGGAGUUUGGCCCCAUUGAGUCGAUCAAUAUGAUACCGCCCAGAGGAUGUGCCUAUAUUGUCAUGGUGCACAGACAAGAUGCCAACAGAGCCCUCCAAAAACUGAGCCGAGGCAACUUCAAAGUCAACCAGAAAUCCAUCAAGAUUGCCUGGGCUCUGAAUAAAGGAAUAAAGCCAGACUACAAGCAGUAUUGGGAUGUAGAACUGGGUGUGACUUACAUACCAUGGGACAAAGUCAAACCUGAAGAUCUGGAAAGUUUCUGUGAAGGAGGAAUGCUGGACAACGAGACCCUUAGUCCAGAAUGGAAGGGAAUUACCAAGAAGUCUGAGAACGAAGUGGCUCAGAAUGGAGGUGCAGAAGCUGCACACAAUGAACCAGUGUCACCUAUUCCCAAAGCUUUACCUGUCCCAAUUCCUGUUCCCAUGCCUGCACCAAUAACAGUACCUCCUCCACAGGUUCCCCCCCAUCCAUCAGGGCCUCCCGUGGUUGGUGCACUCCAGCCCCCUGCUUUCACGGCACCUUUAGGGAUCCCCCCUCCUGGAUUUGCCCCUGGGGUGCCUCCGCCACCACCGCCUCCGUUCCUCCGGCCCGGCUUCAACCCGCUGCAUUUACCUCCAGGAUUCCUUCCUCCCGGGCCACCGCCUCCCAUAACUCCUCCGGUCUCUGUCCCGCACACUCCGGCAGUGAACAUCCCAAACUCUACAGCAGCUGGUGGGAAUGAGGACACUUCCAAGGAGUCGUCUGUAGGAAAUCCCAUCCCAACAGUAGUUUCUGGAGGCAGAGGGAAUGCUGAAAGUACUGACGCUUCCAAAAUGUAUGGCACUGUUCCACCUCCUGUAGCACCUACCAAUGUCCCUGCUCCUGUCACCCAGGCUGUUCCACUCCUUGGCACCCAGGGCGUGGCCCCGCCGCCGCCCGCGCCCGUGGUGGGGCUGCAGACUCCGUCCACGGGGCUGCUGGGCGCCCGGCCCGGGCUGAUCCCGCUGCAGCGCCCGCCGGGGAUGCCGCCGCCACCGCUGCCGCGCUUCCCCAUGAUGCCCCCGCGCCACAUGCCCCCGCACAUGAUGCACAGAGGGCCCCCGCCGGGCCCCGGCGGCUUCGGGAUGCCUCCCCCGCACGGAAUGAAAACUCCCUUCCCUCCGCCCGGCCACUUCGUGCGGCCCGGGGGCGGCCCGGGCGGCGGCGGGCCCGGCGGCGGCCCCGAGGAGAACAGGGACGGCCGGCAGUUCAGGAACGACAGGCAGUACACGCCCAACAGAGACCAGGAGCGAUUCGGGAGGAGAUCCUUUGGGAACCGGGCGGAGAACGACCGGGAACGCUACGGCGGCCGUGACGAGCGGGAGCACGAGCGGCCGGGUGGCCGCGACAGGCGAGACUGGGGACGCCGCAGCCCCGAGCGCGACAGGCACAGGGACUCGGAGGACAGGAACAGGCGCUCCAGCGGCCACCGAGACAGGGAGAGGGAUUCCAGGGAUCGGGAGUCUCGUAGAGACAAGGAAGAAACGCGCGGCAAGGAAAAGCCGGAGGUGACAGACAGGGCGGAGGGCGACAAAAACCACGAGCCCCACGGCAGCAAAGCGGAGGGCGUGGAACUCGUUUCAGAACUGGCUGCGGGAGACGCUGAACUCGCGGGUGCGAAACCCGCGCCAGAGUCAGAGCCCGAGGCUACCUCAUCCCUGGAACAGGCGGACAAGGACACGGGCUCGGCGGCCGAGGCGCCGCGCUAGAGCCGCAGCCCGGCUUGGAGCGUGGAGCUCGAGUUGUACAGUGCUGUAAAUCCGCUUCCUUCCGCCCCUGCGCCCCCGACGCGGGGCACUGUGAGCAAUUUGAUUGCUUCCCUUCUAUUUAAAAUAGCCACAACAUAACAUAAAAUACUGAAGAGAUGAUUAAAAUAUUACCCAUUUUUGCUGUAACUUUUUUAAAGUUUUGACUUUAAAAAGUUUACGAAUCAGAAGUAGAAGUGCUUUCUAUUUUUUUUUUAAUUUAAGAAAAGGUAACGGUGAAAGCUCCUCAAAACAAUAGGGAUGUGUUUUUAAUAAACUCUAUUUUCGUAACAAA